AUGUCUGCAAUAAACGUGGCACCAAUUACAGCUACGGACAGUUUAUCACAAGCUUUAAAGGCUAAUAUUAUCCCAAAUCAAGAAUAUUUAUUACAGGGAUCGGUCCUAGAUUCUGCUGUAGAAGUUCUACUGCAUCGUCUUAGAGGCCUUUGCGACAAUGUAGAUGCUGGGCCAGAAACCUUUGACGACCAAGAAGUCUGUUUUAGCUUACGGGAUCCAAAUCAACAGGCAGCCCCACUUAUGUUACGAGUAAGGAAAGCAUUAGACGCCCGUGAUAUGCCUUAUCAACUUAGGUACAUUGGACAACCAGAUUUAGGUGAUAAAAACAGGCCCACAGUUGUAAGAUCUAGCCUUGAUAUUGCCUGCAGUGGAAUGCUUAUAGAAUUCCUGAAUGAACUGGGCUGUAGGAUUGAAUUUGAAUAUAGUGUUAAAGGCUAUAUGUUCAGGAAAGGACGCAUGAAGAUUACUGUUGCAAAGGUAUUUAAGAUAUCACAAAGCUCUAUGCCGCCAGAACCAAUAUCGCAGAGCUACCUUGUUGAACUAUCGGUUCUCGCACCCCAAGGUCAAGAUGCAAUUGGUGAAGAUAUGCGGGCGUUUGCAGAUCAACUACGGCCAUUAGUUCAACUUGACAAAAUUGAUUACAAGAGACUCGGACAUAUGGCAGUUACAUAA